ACAACAACUUUUUUGUUUUUUCAGUAACUUGACAUUUGCUAUCGCCUUAUUGGAUAUUUUGGGGUUGUUCUGCGGUCAGAGAACUUGAAGUCUAUUGUAAUUCAGAUAUUUUAUCGCAUUUCCAAACCAGGACACUGCAUGUGUUUGAACAAGACUGACCUCAACCACGGAUUUCUGUAGCGAAACAUCGAAAGGUCGGCAAACCUUGUGAGGAGCAAAAGAGCCACUGUCUCAUCAAAUACUGACGGCAAACUAUAAAUUUGUCAACCUAGCCAUGCCUCUGUGCUUCUUUCCAAAGUUAACACAAAGAGCAUCAAUAUGGUCGAUAUGUGCAAGACAAAUGAACUGCAGAACAGGUGGUUUACAAAGACAAUCCAGCAUCAUCUUUACCUGUUCCUCUCCAGUUAGUCAUGCAGCAAAUAGAAAGAUUCUUCCAGAUUGCCAUUUAAGACAUCCUCCAUUACAUUCAGUUGUUCAAAGAAUGUGUGGCCCUUCGUAUACCCAUGGGGAUGUUGUAGAGUUGUUAAAGACAGGCGUCUCUGAUACGCAACCUGCUCGGUUAGGCUCCACGAGCGGCAUGUCUGGGGCAAAGACGCCUUCUCUCGGGGAUGCCUUCUCGGUCGAGAACAAGGAGAGGGUGAUGAGCAGUCUUUCUUCUAAGCUGAGGACACUGAGGAGAUUUUACACCAAGGAUGUGAAGCAGAGAGGGGCAGUGGUGGUGCCCCUGUGCAGCGUCAACGGGGAACCCUGCAUUCUGUUCACCCUCCGGACCAGGACACUCAAAGACCACUCGGGCGAGGUCAGUUUUCCAGGAGGCAAGAUGGACCCCACGGAUGGGGACGUGUGCUACACCGCUCUGCGUGAACUACAGGAGGAGCUUGGCAUCAACCCAGAGACAGUGGAGGUGUGGGGUAACCUAGCCCCUGUCGGAAGAGAGAGGAUCACAGUUGUACCAAUCAUAGGCCACCUUGGAGAGAUUGACAUUCAAAGUCUGAAGUACAACCCUGAUGAGGUUGCUUCCGUGUUUGUAAUGACGCUGUCCCAUCUGUGCAGGCCAGCCUGCCAAGCGUACACUGUCUUCGAGCCCCACCAGUAUUCUGGACAACCUAUGGCGGCUUUACCUGUCUUUCUAGGCGGAGAGCAUCGGGUCUGGGGACUGACCGCUUACAUCUUGGACCUUGCCCUUCAGGCCAUUGUCCCUGACCACUACCGGUCACUUCUUAGUCAGGUCAAGAAAGAACAGGCUGCUUCAUCAUGACGGAAUAAAAGGUGGACUCUAGGAGUCUCAAGAAACAUAAAUCGAGACAAAUAGAUAUUUCACAUACUUAAAAAUGUUCAAAACUUGUUAAAGAUAUUAAUAAUUUAGUUUGUAACUGCAGAUUUUGGUCAGUGUGGGCUGUUAAUAAUUGUGCAAUAAGUCGAGUAGUGCAAUUUUAAAAAGGUGGAUCCAGAGUAAAUACCAUCAAACCAGAAAAAUACACAACGUGAAACCUUCAUGGUUUUAAGGCAAUUUUCAGAGCAAGAAACUUUCAUGAAUUGUAAAAAUUCAGCUGAAGGUUGAUCAACUAUUUUGUGGCAUGAAACUUCUGCAAAUUCAAACCACUUGCGAAAUCUGUGAACAUUUAAUUUGUGCGAUAGUUUCUGGCUUUCAAGUCAGGUUGAUAAAAAUGACACUAGAUUAACAUUAGACCAAACAAAUCAUGAUAUUACCCCCAAUGGCAAGGACUUUUAUCUGUUUUCCGUCAGGUUCACUCAGGUUGGAGUAAGUUUGAGGGUAGGACUGGUGUUACAAUAACAUCCAAUGAAUCUAAGAUUAUUAAGUAAUAUUGACUGCCUUCUGGGCAAUACAACAUUUUCUUAUACC